UUUAAUAAUUAUAUUUUUAGUAUAUUAAUUUAUUUAGAAGUAUACAUCAGAUAGGGUUGACUCUAAAGGAACGUGAAAAGUAAAUAGAAAAAUGAAGAAGAAGGACGUGGUAUUGGUAACCGGUGCUUCCGGUUACCUAGGUGGACGUCUCUGCCACAUGUUAUUAAACGGCGGUUACCACGUCAAAGCCUUCGUUCGCCGUACAAGCGAUCUAUCAUCUCUACCUCAGCCUACUGACGGCGACGGAACCCUAGAAUUUGUGUUCGGAGAUGUAACAGAUUAUCAGUCACUCCUCCAAGCUUGCUCUGGUUGCCACGUCAUCUUUCAUGUUGCUGCUUUAGUUGAACCUUGGCUUCCAGAUCCUUCUAGAUUCAUCUCCGUCAAUGUUGGAGGCUUGAAGAAUGUGUUGAAAGCUUAUAAAGAAACAGGAACUAUAGAGAAAAUUGUGUACACAUCAUCUUUUUUUGCCUUGGGACCAACUGAUGGAUAUAUUGCAGAUGAAACUCAGACUCAUUCUGGAAAAUUCUUCUGUACGGAGUAUGAGAAAUCGAAAGCUAUUGCUGAUAAAGUUGCAUUAGAUGCUGCGUCUGAAGGAAUACCAAUAGUGCCUGUUUAUCCAGGAGUCAUAUAUGGUCCCGGGAAGGUCACGGCUGGAAAUGUCAUUGCCCGUAUGAUAAUUGAACGCUUUAAUUGGCGUUUACCUGGUUACAUUGGCCAAGCAAAUGACAGGUUUUCUUUUAGCCAUGUUGAUGAUGUGGUUGAUGGACAUAUUGCAGCUAUGAACAAAGGCAAACCAGGUGAAAGGUAUCUUCUUACUGGGGAGAAUGCGUCAUUUAAGGAAGUUUUCGACAUAGCUGCUAUCAUCACUCACACAAAGAGGCCUUCGUUUGGUAUUCCCCUACUUAUUAUUGAAGCUUAUGGCUGGUUAUCAGUUCUUUUCUCCAAAUUAACAGGAAAGCUUCCUCUAAUCAGUCCUCCGACUGUUUGCGUGCUUAGACAUCAGUGGGCUUACUCCUGUGACAAGGCAAAGGAAGAACUGGAUUACCACCCUAGAAGCUUGAAAGAGGGUUUGUCCGAGGUGCUUCCUUGGUUGAAGAGCUUGGGAUUGAUUAAGUACUGACAUGUAACAUUAUAUCGAAAAUGUAUAGUGUCUCAUUACAUGUAGAUUAUCCUUGAGAUGAAGUGAUUUCUUGGUGCAUAACAUCCUCAUAUUUGCGUCAUUUCAUCUAAACUGCCACAGAACUGAAAGAACAUAGACACUCGCACUUCAUUUUAGUUGCAGCUAAUUUAGAAUGAACCUCUUUUUGUUAUAAACUUCAGCCGAUUUGAGAAUUCA